AUGGCAAAAAGUGGCGACAGGGAAAACGUGCGUGUGCGCGUUACCACGCAUGAUCCACUUCCAGAGGCUCAGUUCUGGAUGAAUGUAGUGGAAAAUGAUACCCUUGAAGACUUGCAGGAACGUAUCGCACAGACUUUGAUCUCGCAUUACGAUGGGGACGAAUGUGCGCCGUACCAGCUGCAUCUUACGCUCGACGAUUUUGCACUGCUUGAUCAUCCUGGGCGUACGGUUCGUGAGGGAGAUGUGAUUGUCGCUCGCAAGCAGCAGAGUACCAAGCGGAGAAAGGUAGGCGCUGCAACAGACAACCAUGCCACCUCUUCGGUUAUCGACAAGGAUGCGGAGCGCGAUCUUAUGGCAGAAGCAAGCCGUAUUGCUCUCUUGAUGCAGUCUGAAUGCGAAGGUGUUUCCUCCCGAAAGGGUGCAACCUCGAAGCGGAAAGCUUCCAGCGCUUUUGUCCCUCCGUUUUCACGCCCUUCGGCCAUGUCGUCGGUAGAGGCAGCUAUGGAUGCGUUUGAGCGCCGCAAGAAGGAGCGCCUAUCUAAGCAGAAGACAGAAGGCGAGGUCAUGAAGAAUACAUACGAUGACGCGUUAAAUGAGACAGACGAGCUGGAUGAGCUGGACUACGAGGAUGAAAACGACUAUGAGGACAUUAUCGGUGAUUCCUUCACGGCUGAUAAAAAGGAAGAACAAGAAGUGGAGACUGAAGUGCAAAGUGGCUCACCAUCUCAGACGUCUGAUGUCAAGCAAGACGCAUUAUUGUGGGUCCCACCAGGGCAGGGCAAAGAGCGUACUAAGCGCAAAAACCAAAAGCGUCGAGAACGCCGACGAACUGCUGCUGAGGCAGAGCAGCAACAUAGCUCGGAUCAAGCAAACGUGUAUGUCACCACAAAGCCUGUCGUCUUACCUCCAGGUGGUGGCAAGUUGGACAUUGAUAUCCAUCAAAACGAAGACGUCACGCCUGAUACCCCAGUGUCUGGGCUGGAAGCCAUCGCUGCACGCAUGCUGGCCCGUACGACCGUGGGACAUCGGAAACGACGCUCUCGUCUAGCACCUGCGCCGGCCCUGCCAAAGCCUUCCUUCACGACAGCUUCCGAGCUGCUUCGAUCCUCGACUCCCACCUCGUCUCUCCCCAAAGUGCCUCCCCCAUCUCAACUUCCGCCCAAUGAGAUUCCGGCUGGUAUGACGAUCAGCAGUACAGACUGUGAAGCGUGGUACAACGAUCAGUACGAGCAAGAAGAAGAUGCAGCUACGCAGGCGUACCUUCAAAUGCAGCGGCACGUCAAGCAAGCCCUAUCUAUGGAAAAAGAAGCGGAGAACCACGAUAGAGAGUACGAGGCGGUGCAUGAUGUGCCUGUCGAUCCACUCCGUGCAGCGCUGCCCACGUCCUUUGGUCGGCCCAUGCCAUCUGCCCACGUGGAUCAUGAGAUCCAAGAGCUGGAUUACGGCGCGCCAGAGACCAAGGAGAGGCAAAUAGCCUCCAGUUCAGCGCAAGGCACUGGCACUGGCUUUCUGCGUCGCUUGCAAUCCAUCCACGCCUCCAUUUACGGCUAG